ACUUCUCCUAUGUUCAACCUAAUCUUAAGCAUAACGACUCUGCGGCCACUCCUUUUUUAUCUCUCUUUCAGCCUGCAACCUAAGUCUAGGAAAAAAAAGGAUCUGAUCGUGGUUGAAUUGGUUAGACUUGUUUUAUCAUCUAAAAGUGUACCGGGAAAGGUGACUUAUAUUUAGAUUAUGAUAGAGCAAAGCUUACAUUUUUGGGAGGUGAUAAGGAGAAGAGAAAGUCGAAGUGAUUGAAAGUGGCCACGGUGGCUGCUAGUGGUGCGAGAAGGAAACAGAGCAGUGUUAGGAAUCAACCUUUUUCACAUCCAGAAUAGAAUCCUUUUCCCCUUUGGAAACUGCGGCUCAGAAGACAAAAAUUUAAUUCACACCAAUAAGAUGUAAUCUUUUUCCAGUUUGUGACUUUGCCUAUGGUAUUUAAAACUGAAGACCCCUUUUCCUUGCUGCUUUUGGAUCCCAAAUUGGAGAACAUCCUCUUUAUAUAUCCUUUCCAUUUGUCCUGGGGAAAAGUCGUUUAACCAUUGAGACUUUUGGUGCCCGUCCUUCCAAGGAAUAUUACUAGAAAGUCUCUCCCCAUAUAACCUAAGUUUUGCUUCGGCUGGGACAUGCGAAGUACAGGACUAAAUCAAGCAACAGGUUCGGUAAACAUCAAUUCAAGUUUAGCGACAAUCAACCAAACAAUGACGAAAGAUGAAGAAUCAAUAGAUGGUGAACCACAGUACGUUCAGCCUCCACUCAUCCCGCAAGUUUACCCUUGGCUUUUGAUAUCUCAUGGAAAGCAAUUACAAAGGCAUACUUUCUUCAGCUGCAUAGAAAACCGCUAUCAUACCAGGAUUGUCCCUUAUCUGAGGGACAAGCUUGUACUCCGCUGUUGUUUUGGUUGGCUAAUUUUGGAAGACGAGGAAACAGAUGAUUGUCAUCUUUUUAAUCCUGUAUCUAUGGAAAAUAUUCAACUUCCGUUGCUUGAAUCUUUCGACCGUGUUACAUCUGCCUUAUUGUCUGGACCCCCUGGUGACUCCAAUUGCCAUGUUCUUUUUAUUGGAUCCCCUAAUCGACUUGCAUUUUGCCGGCUUGGUGAUGAUAACUUUGUUGAACAAAGUUCAGUAUUUGGAGAGGAUUCUUUGUCGACUGUAACUGUCAUGAAUGGAAAAAUGUAUGGCCUGAUGAUGCAGAGUCAUGCAUUGGUUACUCUUGAUUUUGUAGGUCCAACAAUACUUCUUCGCCACAUAAUAAAGGACGGUUCACCUUUUCAACUACCUUGCCCAUUGCCUCCGGAGAAUUCUUUCUAUGAUAAGUAUUUGAUCGAGUCCUCUGGCGAACUCUUAUUUGUUUUUAAAAUAUACUCAGCCCCAGGCAACUACACUGUUGCCUACUUCAAAGUUUUUCGGGUGAAUACUUCUGAAAUAGUGUGUGAGGAGGUGAAGAAUUUGGGGGAUCAGGUGGUUUUCUUGAAUCACCAUUAUGGGAUGACAUGCUCCAUACAAGAACCUGGAAUUAGGAGAAACUCUAUAUAUUUUGCCGAGCUAUUUGACAGAAACCUGUAUGUGUAUAACAUGGAAAAUCGAAGUCAAUCAGUGAAACUUCCAUGUCCAAUUGCAAAGCGAAAAGCGCGCCUGAGUUGGGUUAUGCCGUUGUUACCUUCGUCAAGCUAGCAUGCCAGAGUUGGGUUAUGCCGAUGUUACCUUCGUCAAGCUAGCAUGCCAGAGUUGGGUUCUGCCGUUGUUACCUUCGUCAAGAUAAGCCAUAGAUUAGAGGUAAGACAAAAUGACUUGGAGCGUAUCUGUUGUCAGUUAAUUAUUUGGCUUCAUUUGAGACCAAAUGGCUCGAAGCUUAUACUGUAGUUGGUUAUCAUAAGACAAACUCUUGUUAAUUAAUUCUUUGGCUUAAUUUGAUUUUAAUUUCUUAUGUGCCUCCAAGUAUGUGAAACAAUUCUUUGGUCAAUUGAUGGGAAUGGAAACGGUUAAUAUCAUCCCCUU